AUGCCGCCUAAAAGAGGAAAGGGACCUAUCAGAAGGCACCAUGCUUUCCACGGUGUCGUUAUGGUCUGCGGUUGGCUGCUGCCUCCCCUGGCCGUGCUGAUUCGCUUCGGUGUCGGCCUCGAUCUGUUCAUCAACAUCAUCUGCACUAUUGCUGGAUACAUCCCUGGUCACGUUCACAACUUCUGGAUCCAGAACAUCCGAAAUAACAAGAAUUCGCGACACUCGCCUUCAUGGGCCAUCAGGUAUGGGCUCGUCAAGGACUACCGCGUCAAGCGCACUGCCAACGGUUGGUCUGAUCGAUACGGAGACUCUGCCAACGACUGGCAGAACCAAGAAGUCAUCGUUGACCCCAUCACUGGUGAAACUCGCCGUGAUCCCGAGUCGGCUCGCAAGACCGGCAACGUUCGUGCCAGUAGUCACUUCCUCUCUCCUUGGGCCGACAACGUGGACGACAGCCCACGGGCAGAACGCGAGGAUCCCUCCGAUCCCUAUGCUGAAGAGAGGAGGCAAAAUUCUGGUCGACCCGGCAAUGUUUCACGAGACCCCAUCACGGGUGCAAUCAUGGAUGACAGCAGAGGAGGCGGCACGGAUUCACUCUCCCGCACUAGCUCGAGGAGAAGUCUUGGAAGCCGCUACGCUGAGCGCUACGGCAUAGGCACUGAAGCUUCGUCCAGAAGCUCGCUCAGCUACGCCAACGACGGACGCGAGAACCACAACAACAACAAUAACAACAACAGCUCCAGUAGAUGGGGCCGUUCGAACUCGUCCAAGAGCAAGAAGAAGGACCGUUGGGCAAGAGAGGCUGAAGCACUCGGUCACCCUUCGCAGCAGCACUCAUACGGCUCGGACAACUACAGCUUCGAUAACAACUCGCGCAACUACGGCAACAAUAACGGCAACGGCAACGGCGGCGCAGGUAACCGCAGCAGUCGCAUCCGUGAUCCCCUUGCCGAUCGUCACGAUUUCUGA